AUGGCUGCAGGUGGUCCUGGACAACAGUCCAGUUUUGCAUCGCGAUCAGGCCUGCCGACCUUUGGUAAUUUUGGAAGCGCACUCCUAGAACGAGGUAAUCCAGGCUUACGAAAGUCGACUCCGGACUCUGAAGCUUUGGCUUCUUCAGACGAAGAAGUCGAACAGUCACGAUUACGUUCUGCGGCGCAGCGAAAACCCAACGUGAAUCGGAGAUCUUCACUCCUCAUGGAUCAAAAUAAUAACAACGAACCUCGACGCUUGUCCUUUGCGAAUGUCUCUCAUAGUCCUGCGGUCGGUUCACAACCAAACACGCCUGGUGCGUCACAUGAAACUUGGUCUGCCAUAUCUCCCGGUGCAGGUGCGUGGAGUUCAAGCUCAGCCUAUCCGUUUGGCACGAAUAUAUGGGGUGCGAACUCUCGAGAUCUGCCUACAAGACUCCAAGAAGUUCGUCAAGACAAUACCGAAAAUCGACUUUCGUAUCACUCCCCGUCCCAGCCGAAUCCUUCUGUCCACAGAUCAAUGUCCUUUAGUGUAGGACAGACUGAAUACGAACCUUCACAAUCCACAAUGGAUGCUUUCUCUCGCCCACCUCAUGGGUUAAACCGCCGCAGCUCAAGACCAGGCACUUUAGGAUACGAUUAUGGAGGUCUUGCGAGGGUCAAUGAGAGUGAAGACAACGAGCCUCCGCCCACUCAUAAUCCACAAUUUGGGCCAGCAACUCGCACUUCAACACGUACAAUGUCGAACAAUUCCAACUACACAACCUCCUCUGCUUUUCGUGGCACGCGACUUCGCAAUCCGGCUCUGGAAGGUGCGGAAGUCGCGAUCGAAGAUGUGGACGAACCGACGCAGCUACGACAACCAAUUCGUGGAGCUCCCUCACGUCGCUUGAGCGACUUUCAAUCGGCAUUACCUACAAGACAGUCAGCUGCGUCAAACCUUUCAAUCAUGAAUCUUGGGAACGCAAGAAACACACCUCACUGGUCCUCUAAUCUCGACUUCGGUCAACUGGACACUAUUCCGCAAAGCCGUCGUCAUUCCUUUGCAGAUGUGCCUACCCGUCGUGGAUCGAUGGGAUCAAACGAUAUGCUGACUCGUCGUGAAGAAGAAGACAAUCAAAGCGCAAGCUACGAUGCCAGCUCUCAGAACCUAUCCCAGGACAACGAGCGCAGUCUUCGGAGUCCCGAGCCCUUACGGAAUCUUAACGAGUUCUUCGAGUAUCGGGGCUUUCCAAGGACCAAAUCCAAUGCCGCUGAGGGUACAGGACUCUCUGUCAAAGAGGGUAACCUAGUAAUAGUGGAAGCGGAUCGUGGUACAGACAUGGGCUGUGUGCAGCACUCUCAUGUAUCCUGGGAGGCGGCUCGAAAGUACAAAGCUAGAUAUGCAGAACAACAUUUUGGAUGGUUGAUGAUGUUCUCACAGCAGACACGAUCAGGUGGACCGAAUUUAUUCAAUCCUAAUGCAGUGACCCCAGGACGACAUGGUGCAGGCUCGCAGGGUACCGCUGUCAGAGACAGUGACUUGAAGCCGAAAAUGAUCAAACGACUCGCUCAAACACACGAAAUCCAAGCACUCCAAGAGAAAGAAGGCAACGAAGCCAAAGCGAAACGCGUGUGUCAGCAAAAGGUGGCGGAGCACAACCUUAAUAUGGAGAUCCUGGAUGCCGAGUUCCAGAUGGAUGGAAAGAAGCUGACAUUCUACUUCUUCUCAACCGAGUAUAUCAACUUCAACUCACUUGUGACGGAUCUGUUCAAGAUGUACAAGACGAGAAUUUGGAUGUCCGCCAUCAAUCCAGCAUCCUUUCAAAGUCCCGUAUCAUCCCUGGGCUUGACGCCUAUCCAACCUGGUACAAGUCUGAGCCUCUCGAGUACUCCAGCAGCUGGUGGUUCUUACGAUGAUGGGCGAGUCGAUCCUAGAUAUAUGCAGCACACAGCACAAAUGACGGCACAGCGAGGGAUGCCGCCACUGUAUUAUGGCGGAUAUGGCCAGCCUCCACAAUUGAGCGAGUAUGCCAGCUUCUCUCCGAACUACCAGCAACCCACUACGGACCCCUUCUCCAACUACAACACGAAUACCAAUUACGGUUCCUUCCAGUCGAGACCUCAAAAUCUUCCCGUCAAUCGUGGUGCAGGAGGCAGAAAUUCCCAGACAGGAUUUACUUCGCCAUCGACCGAUGCGUUGCCUGGCCAGUUCGGCUCGAUGUCGCUGACAAGGUGA